AGAAUGUCUCGGGGCUGGCGGGGUCCCGGACCGUGGUGCCUGCCACUGGGGCUCGGGCUCUCGGCCGGCCCAGGCACUGGCGGUUGCCAUGGUGACGUAGGGUCGGCUGUGCGCCGUAGAGACAAAGCGGCCCGCCCGCCCGCGGCUCCUGAGCUCCUCCUCCGCCGCGCCUCCCUCAAUCCCUGGCGCCGCCGCCGGAGUGGCUCUCGAUCCUCCCAUCGAUCCUCCUGUCCGUCCUCCCGCGGCCCCCGCCGCCGCUGGUCAGCUGGGAAGCCCAUAGCUAUCAACUACCAAGUCUCAAUUUCUCAGAUGAGAAGCUGUGACCCAGAAAGAACGACCUGAAACUCUGAGAGGUGAUCUUUCAAGGGCAAUGGCCCGGCUUGUUUAAGUUUCAUCCUGAUGCUAUGCCCUUGGACACAGCUGAUGCUUUUAGUUUUCCAAGGCACUGUGAGCUCUCUGGCAAGAUCCUUCAGCUGCCCUUUUAAAAUACAUGUCAGAGACAGCACCAAGCAGGAGCUGAAAAUGUUCAAAAGACUUCUGGAUUCUCUCCCGUCUUUUCCAGCCCUCCCUCUCCCAGCCUCCUGGCCUGAUGAUGUGAUGUUCAGAGGGAUUCUUUAAUCCAAGUCACUGCUCAGCUAGGCACACCUACAAAAGAUUGCAUCCAUAACUCAAGAUGGCCAGCCAGCCGCCAGAAGAGCCUGCGGAGUCUCAGGCCUCUGAUGAGCUUGAGUGUAAGAUCUGUUACAAUCGGUACAACCUGAAGCAGAGGAAGCCCAAGGUUCUGGAGUGUUGUCACCGGGUCUGCGCCAAAUGCCUCCACAAGAUCAUAGACUUUGGGGACUCUCCCCAGGGUGUCAUCGUCUGUCCCUUCUGCAGGUUUGAGACAUGCCUGCCGGAUGAGGAAGUCAGCAGCCUGCCCGAUGAUAACAACAUCCUUGUAAACUUGACUUGUGGAAGCAAAGGGAAGAAAUGCCUGCCUGAGAACCCCACUGAGCUGCUGCUCACCCCCAAGAGGCUGGCUUCCCUUGUCAGCCCUUCUCACUCGUCCUCCAAUUGCUUGGUUAUCACCAUCAUGGAGGUGCAGAGAGAGAGCUCCCCAUCUCUCAGCUCCACCCCCGUGGUAGAAUUCUACAGGCCAGCCAGUUUCGACUCUGUCACCACUGUGUCCCAUAAUUGGACGGUGUGGAACUGCACCUCCUUGCUCUUUCAGACAUCCAUCCGGGUGUUAGUUUGGUUGCUAGGUUUGCUGUACUUCAGCUCCUUGCCCUUAGGGAUCUACUUAUUGGUGUCGAAGAAAGUCACCCUGGGGGUGGUCUUCGUUAGCCUCGUCCCCUCUAGCCUUGUCAUCCUCAUGGUGUAUGGUUUUUGCCAAUGUGUUUGUCAUGAAUUUCUGGACUGUAUGGCACUUCCUUCUUAAUCAAUAUGCAGCAUAGGGAACUUGGCACAUGUGGCUACGUUCAAAUGAUGUACUUAUGAUUUGCCUUUCUUUUGUAUUCUCUACGAUUAGUGUCCUACAGCCUCAACAAGCCCUUGGCCAUAUGUCUGUGGUCCGUUUUCCAGCCAGAUUUUGGCUUGAUGGGUUUUCCUGGAUUCUGAAAAUUAAAAAUAAAAAAAAAGUUCACUUCUCUCUAGGGGCUAGCCAAGAGGCAAAGCUAGGUAUGCAUAGCCUUCCUGGAGCACCAACAGCUAUGAGAUAGCCCAGAACAAAGGCAUAGGCCCAGGGAGUGCUUUCAGACAGGUACCAGGCAAGAUGUGCUACAUUGUGGUGGGUUCUUUGUGCAAACAUGGGGAUGAAUGGAGUCCUCCUUGAAGUUAAGUGUAUCCCAUGGUGUCAGAUCCCAUGAUGUUAGAUGUCAGAGGCAAGCUACUGUAAAACACAUGGGAACGCCCCUCAUUUUCCUAGCCCGGUAGCCCCUCAUCAUCUUCAGGCGCUUUCUCACUUGAGGUCAUGCUUCUCUGAAGGCUGCUGUUUCCUCAGAUUCCUUUUGCUUCUGUGCAGGAAUUCCUGCCCCAGCCCCCACCCCUCCCAGUCUCAUCUUCUUGGGUGGUUCCUGCACGAUUCCUGUUUUGACAGGUUGCCACGGAAGGCAGAUAUCACUGAGAAGUUAGCACAGGUUAGACCUCAUGCCAGGGCCAUUUAUCAGGGAAUGGCCAUUUAUCUUCAACACAGGCCUUUUCCUCCAUAUAGGUUUUUCUCCCAGGCUUCUCUGGGAAGAUCUGAGCAGUUUUUUGCAUGUGGAAAUAUUCAUUGGGAUAAUUCCUUAAAGCGUGAAAAUGCUUCGUUUGAUUAAAACUGUUUUGUUUGAUUCCUAACCACAGUCCUCAACCAGCCACACCCCUUACUGAUCCUGAACAAAGUUCCAUUUAAAUUAGUUGCUAUCAGUUUAUGAAGGUUUCAUCUUUUCGCCCUUGUUUUAGAGCUUUGAGUAGGGCAGGCUUUGCUGACUCCUGCAGUGUUCUGGGGGAACCUGCGUAGGGAAAACCAGGCCACUAGCGGCCCUAGCACCAGGCACCGAGAACCCAAGUGCUCUGCUGAGCACUACUGGGCUUCAAGUUUCUGUCCUGUGGAAGUUCACGCAAAGGCGAAGUGAAACCACGCCAAACUGAUGCCCUGCUUGAGGUGGAGUGGAGAUGCUGAAGUGCAGCUCACUCACGGUUGCUUGCUAUUCAGUCAGUUUGGGGAUAGGUUUGAGUCCUUAAUUUAUUUUCUGUAAAGACAUAAGCUUUCAUGGCAUGGGGAUGGACUCCUCUUCAUGAGGUGGGGGUGGGGUGGGGUGAUGUUGAAUGUAUAUAUUUAUGGGAUUAAGUUGCGUAGCAGGUUUUAGGUGGAUUAAUAGAACGUUCACUAGGCAAAAAUCGGAAGGAGUGCUUCUUAGUCUCUGAGACUUAUUACUGAUGACUUAACAAUACCCAUAAUGCUUAGCAAAGGGCUUUACCAAGAUUUUGUUAACUUGUUUGUGGUGAAAUAUUUGUGGUAUGACACAGUUUCAGGGGGCCAGUUCUAACCUCCCCACUGACAGAAAACAGAUACUUAUCUAGAAUAGGAGUUUUGUCUUAGUUGUAUAACUACUGACUUUGAGAACAUGUAUGUCUAAGGUACAUGUAAUGAGAAAGUGAGAAAGUAUAUGUGGGAUGUGGUCCAAUGAAACUUAAACCUCAACUUAGAGCUAAAUACAUUUCUGACUCCAGAAAUCCUAGUUUUAGGCAGUGUUGUGGAUGUGGUUUCCAGAACUCCAUUUGUACUCUGAGCAAAUACAAUAUUUAAGGGUUUUGUGGAUUGGAUUUAUAUAUUUAUAAGGUUUCCUUUUUAAAGAUGCUCAUUUUGUCUGAACUGUAACGCUGAGUGAGCUGGCGAAGGACCACAGGAGAUUUCCGGAAGGCUCCAGGCCAUCACUGUGUUCUGCUGCUUUGUGUGGUGUCUGCAGUACUGAAGUUGUUUCUGUAUGUGCUGUGGCAAUAUUUUUCUUAAUGCCACUGUAUUGAUUUGGUUUUUAAAGAGUUUUCAAUGUAUGAUAACAACAACCCAUAACAACCCAAAGCAACAUAAUUCUCCAUGCCAUUGAAUGGAAAGGGUAGUCCUUUAAUGUUGUAAUCUCUAUGGGGGUGGUUUCUUGUCUAUUAAAUUUUAUUAUUUCUAAA